AGGGCGGGGCGCGCAGCCGCAGCAGCGCUCCCUCCGGAGAAGAGCCGUGCGCGGGGCUGGGCCUGUGGCCGGGAACAUGUCGCGCUACGGGCGUUACGAGACCAAGGUGUACGUGGGCAACCUGGGCACGGGCGCGGGCAAAGGCGAGCUGGAGAGAGCCUUCAGCUACUACGGGCCGCUGAGAACCGUCUGGAUCGCGAGGAACCCGCCGGGGUUCGCCUUCGUGGAGUUCGAAGACCCGAGGGAUGCCGAAGAUGCGGUGCUCGGCCUAGACGGAAAGAUAAUAUGUGGCUCCAGGGUUCGAGUGGAAGUAUCCACAGGGAUGCCUCGUCGGUCCCGCUACGACAGGCCUCCUGCCCGGCGCCCCUUCGACCCCAACGACAGAUGCUACGAGUGUGGUGAGAAAGGCCACUAUGCUUAUGAUUGUCACCGCUAUAGUCGCCGAAGGAGGAGCAGGUCCCGGUCCCGCUCCCGCUCGAGGUCCCGCGGAAGGAGGUAUUCUCGGUCACGCAGUCGCAGCCGCGGUAGGAGAUCAAGGUCAGCUUCCUACCGCAGGUCCAGGUCAAUCUCUCCUCGUAGGUAUAGGUCAUUUUCACCUCGUAGAUCUCGGUCUGGUUCCAUAAGGAGAUCAAGAUCUAGGUCCAGGUCACGCUCAAGGUCCCGGUCCGUUGUGUGGCCUCGAAGCAGGUCUGGGUCCCAUGGUAGAUCUAAAUCUGGCUUACCUGCUAAAAGUCGCUCAAAGUCCAGAUCACCAUCUCCAAAGAGAAGUCACUCACCAUCAGGAAGCCCUUGAAGGAGUGCAAGUUGUUGAAAGAAUGGAUUCAAAUUAAAAAAAAGUUUAAGGAGAAAAUUUAUUUUGUUUACAUUGUUACAAGGGAUUUUGUGGUGUCUUUAUAAAUGUAAAGGGCUUAGUCCUAGAAGGCUGUUUCUACUGACUAACAAUUGGCAUUGGCUCUGGAUCUUCUACAAGUCUUACUGGUAGAGUAAAGCAAAAGUCUUUGUUGUGUUCAUGUUCUGUGAUCUGGAAACGUUGAGCUUUUUUUUAUUGGCGCGUUGAAAUAAACUGCAUUUCUAACUAAGCAA